AAAUAAUAGAGAAAAAUGAAGCUUCUGUUUUUAAUGAUCUCCAUCUGCCUAUUUUCGGAAAGCAUGACUUGUUUAUUAAGCAACACCAGUUACGGCCACCAAAGAACAUUUGAGGAUCUUGAGAGAGAAAUAGCCAAUUAUUCGGAUGUUGCUGAAAAGAUUAUCAAACUUGCGGUUUAUGGCAAGGCCCAGAACAGAUCUUAUGAAAGACUUGCACUGUUUGUGGACACUUUUGGACCACGAUUGAGUGGUUCUAGGAAUCUAGAGCUGGCUAUCCAGUACAUGGAGAAAGCUUUGAGGAAAGAUGGCUUAGAAAAUGUCCACCUGGAGCCAGUAAAAAUACCCCACUGGGAAAGGGGUGAAGAGAGUGCAAUGAUGAUUGAACCAUACAAUCAUACCAUUGCCAUGUUGGGCCUUGGUGGGAGCGUUGCAACUCCUUCUGAAGGUAUUACGGCAGAAGUGUUGGUAGUAGGUUCUUUUGAUGACCUACACAAGAAAGCUCAUGAAGCCCAUGGAAAGAUUAUUGUUUACAACCAGCGUUAUACCAAUUACGGUAAAACAGUGCUCUACCGACUUCAUGGAGCAGUGGAAGCUGCUAAAUUGGGUGCAAAAGCUUCUCUUAUCAGGAGCAUUGCUCCAUUUUCUAUCAAUAGCCCACAUACUGGAAUGCAAGCAUAUUUCUCAGAUGUGCCUAAGAUUCCUACCGCCUGUAUUUCCAUUGAAGAUGCAGAACUGAUGGCCCGAUUGUUCUCCCGGGGUACUAAGAUAGUUGUAACUCUGAAAAUGGGAGCCAAAACAUAUCCUGAUGCUGAUUCCUUUAACACAGUUGCUGAAAUAACAGGCAGUAAAUACCCUGAACAGGUUGUACUAAUUAGUGGACACCUGGACAGCUGGGAUGUGGGUCAGGGAGCGAUGGAUGAUGGUGGAGGAGCAUUUGUAUCAUGGGAAGCAUUAUCACUCAUUAAGGAUCUUGGACUCCGGCCCAAAAGAACUCUGCGUUUGGUGCUUUGGACUGGAGAAGAGCAAGGGGGUAUUGGAGCGGAACAAUACUAUAAACUACAUAAAGUAAACAUUUCCAACUUUGAUAUGGUUAUGGAAUCAGACGAAGGAACGUUUACGCCCACUGGCCUGGCUUUCACGGGCAGCCUUAAGGCUCGUUGUAUCAUGAAGGAAAUCAUGAAACAUUUGAAGCCUCUCAACAUUACCAGUGUUUUUGAAGAUGGUGGAGGAACAGACAUUAAUUACUGGAUUCAUGAAGGAAUACCAGGUGCCAGUUUGAGUAAUGAUAUCACUAAAUACUUCUGGUUUCACCAUUCCCAAGGCGACACAAUGACGGUUCAGGAUCCAGUCAAAAUGAAUCUCUGUGCUGCUCUUUGGACUGUUGUAUCUUAUGUGAUUGCUGAUAUGGAGGAGAAGGUACCGGUGUAGUUCAAAACUAAAUCAAGAAAAAGUAUUGAUUGUUUUGGCACAGACCAAGAAUGUAACUGAUCUAGCCCUGUGAUAAAACUCUAGGUUUCUUCCAAAAACUAAACUUUUCUUGAUUCAACUCAGAACAUGUCCUUUUAUCAUGUAUACUUAUUUUGAAUUGUGUGUCUAAUACCUUCUUCUUUGGACAACUUCCUGAUGCUUAGUUUCAGUGCUUUGUUGUUGUUGUUGUUGAUCCUUACUCAACAAUAUCAUAAAAGCUGCUGAUUAUUAAGUUACUCUUUGGUCUGCUAAAUGCUUAAAAUAAAUAUAGUAUUAUGCAUGAACUCCAGAGUCUAGCCAUCUGUCAAAACCUGCCUCCUCCCCCAGGCUCACCCCACAUUAGACAGAACAAUCUGUGGUUGUUUUUCUACUGAUAGAAAAGGGAUGCUCAGUGAAAGGGUAAAUAAAGUCAGGGCAAUCCACCAAACCACCUUCCUUAUGUUGUCCCUUUUUAAAGGAUAGCACUGCUAGCUGACCUCAUUACUGAGAGAAAAAGGUUCAACAGUUAGGACAGCAAAUGUUAUGGUGGGGCAACAUAUAUUUUUAUUAACCUGACUCUCUGAUUAUGCCCAGAGGCAAAAACUAGUGUAGUUGUACCAAGGAAAAAUCUAUCUGAAAGGUUCUAUAGUAUACAAAGAGAAUCAAGAGAACCUCUGGCUCCGUUCUCCAAUGAUGAGAUCAUCUCAACAAGUAGAGAUUUAGCUCUGAGUUCUACAUCUGUUUCUCAAAUGUACUCAAAAUUUAAGUAUCCCUCUUUGAACCAUGUUUUUAUGGCCAAAUAUUAUUAUUUAAACUUUCUGAAAGAUGUAAUUAUUUGAUCCUCUACAGAAUGUCCAUUGAACAAGCUGGCUCUUCUUGCUUGCUGUUAAUAUUCCCACAUCUAAAUAAACUCAAAACUAGGACUGAAUA